AGUUCAAGUAUGAACGUCUUUUUUACACAGCACACAUGGAUUAUAAGACAAUGAAAGAAGAAUUUCAGGGAAUAUAAGGUUUGUGGCUAAAAGCAUAGACAAUGGCAGACACCAACGAGAUGACAAUCAACCUUGUUGUCCUUGGAAGAACUCAGACUGGCAAAAGUGCUGCUGGGAACAGACUGCUAGGCAGUGAUGACUUUGAAAGCCAGCUCUCCCCCAGCUCUGUGACUACAUGCUGCAGCCUGCGCCGCAGCUGCCGCAUUUCGGGGAUUACACGACGGAAUGGCUGCGAGCUUGCUCUCCGUGUUCGAGUACUUGACACUCCAGGCUACCCCCACAGCAGCCUGAGCAAGGAGCGGGUGAGAGAGACGGUGCGAUCAGCCCUGGCUCACCACUUCAGGGAGGAAGGCCUGCAUCUAGCUCUUCUGGUCCUGAGGGCUGACCUGCCUCUGUGUCCGGAUGAAAACGAUCACACAAUUCAGUUCAUCCAGGAACUUCUGGGUCCCACAUGGAAGGAUUUCACUGCGGUUUUACUCACUCAUGCAGACAAGGCAAAAGAAGCUGGAUUCAGUGAGGAAGCAUAUCUGCGCAGUGCCUCAAGUACCCUGUUGUCCCUAUUGAGCUCAGUGCAGCACAAAUAUGUUUUUCUAGACAGCCAAAAGAGCAUAAUUAAAGAGGAAAGAACUAUUGUCUUUAGAAAGCUCUUGAAUUUUAUAAGACAGAAUAAUUAUCAAGUGCUUCUAUUUAAACACAGCAAAGAAUAAAAUUAGCUUUCGGGUACUUGUGUCUAUUCUCUAUAGUUUAUAACAUUUAAUGGAAAUAAAACAGUAGAAAAGCCAGCAAUUGGAACAUUUCACAUGCAAUACCAUUCCACACCAAAUAUCUUUGAACAUACGGUUGGAAAUACCUCUUUAGAUUCCCAAACUACAUGCCUUUCAUAGAGUACCUCACACUACUGCAUCCAGAAUCCUAGCUUCAAUCACACGAUCAGACCAAACUAGUGCUAACAUGUUAUGUAUGUAAAUGUAGCUAAUAUACUAAUAGUGCUAAUACCUAAUAUGCACACAGUGAGGAGUAAGAUUUUAUGCUACAUCUGAUUGUAUAUUGCAGUCCAUACAAAACAGAUCUGGAGAAAAAGAGAAAGCAAAAAUGCAUGAGUUCAGGCUGUAAGGAAUAAAGGAACUUCUCUGCUCAAUUUUUGGAGCUUUCAGAAGCUCCUCUGAAAUCCGGUGUUUGUAAAAAGUUUUCCAAUAUUAAAAAUUAAGAUUUAUCUACUGCAAAGUUAUUUCCUUACCUUGAUCCAAGAAUAAUUAGAACUGAGAUUUUCAACUUCAAUAAUAUUGUUUAAUAGGAUAUUAUCAGAUAUGUAGUUUACAAAGCAGUUAAAAUAGUUCCUGUAUGCCUAAUGCUAUUCAGCACAUUUAAAAUGUGCUAAUUACUACCGCUUAUUCCCAGAUGCAUAGAAAAUUAGCACAGUUAAGUGUAUAGGCACAUACAAAACGCAUCCAAAAAAGAAACCUGUUCAUCUUUUCUUUUGUGCCUGCUCCUUUCAAUUUUGUAUCAUCAUCAUUUUGUUUUCAUCUCCCAGCUUACGGGAUGAAGUUCAAAGCCUGUGAAAUUCAGGUUCGGUAAGUUUUUUUGUUUUUGUUUUUAUUUCAGUGGUUAGAAGAGUGCUCUUUGAGUAGUUAGGCUGUAGACAGUUAAUUAAAUAGUAUAUGCUCAAACAUGUAAUUACCUCUAAAUAGUUGCUUAAAAGGUUUAAUUGUGAAUUGAUCUAAAAUGGUUACUUCAGAGUAUUGAAAGGCAAGAAUUAAAAGGAGUAAUUUGAGGAUUUUCCCAUAGCAGUUCUGACUGCUCAUUAUGUAUUAUGGAGUAACUCAAAUGGUAAAACCUGAAGAAGCCAUUUCUAUUAAAACCAAAGCAUAUUCUGUAUAAAAUAUUACUCAAAGAUACAUUAAAACAAGAAAUAAAUUCAUUUUAUAUG